UCUUCGCGACUUCACAAACAGAUUACCUCGAUGAGUCCAGGGCGAUAUUUAAAUAUAUAAGGUACAUAGUAGAAAAUGUAUGGGGAUGUAGGGAACAAAUUGGUGAGUCAAAUAUCGCCCACCAUUUAAAUCUUCUAGCUAACAAUAUCCAGGUUCAACAUGCCAAAAGAACUCAAAAACUCGAACACCUUCCUCCAUAUCAGACAGAGAUGGUCCGCGCAGUCACUAGAGAAGUUAGAGACUUAGAUAAAGAUGCUUCAAAUAUUCUGCAAUCAAUUGGUGGUUCCUUUGAUCCAUCUGCCGACCCUGCGACAGCAUGCACUCUCCUCGUUGAUCACUUGUGUAUGCGAAGGAACAAACGUUGUCUCCUUGCCUACCAUCGUACAAGAACAGACAAGCUUGAAGAAAUGGUUUGGAAUGGUAGUGACGUAUUGGAUCUAGCUGCGCAGCAACAUCAAGUUACGAAUGAGGGACAGAAUGGAGGCGCAGAUUUGGGAAGUGGUGAGGGGAAUACCAGUAGUCUAAGUCCCGAAGAGGAAGAAUACGUGAGGCAAUAUAGCGAUUUACUCGCUGCGUUUAAAGGACACUGGACUGACAUUGAUCUUACUGGAAGCCUUGAACCUCCCAGGGAUUUGUUCAUCGACGUUCGGGUCCUCAAGGAUGCCGGGGAGAUUCAGACAGAAUAUGGGUAGGUAAUACACACCAAUUAUAUGGACGUUGACUGACUUGAUUACAAUGCAGUACCAUCAACCUUACCAAGAAUUCGCAAUUCUACGUUCGCCAAGGUGACGUCGAACGUUUGAUCGCUCAGGGAUACCUUCAAAAGCUCAGCUAAACAGGAGCUUCCACCACACAACUGUGAAGCCAGUACAUCACACGGCGAUGUUUGUUAAAUUCAAUCGAACAAAUGGAUGAGAGAAGUCCAUCAAACAUUGCGGGAGGUGAAUGGAUUGGGAUGUCAAUGAAAGACUAGAGUACAGAGCGCUCUCCACCCAUGGAACAACACGGCUCUGUGCUCACCAAACCUAGCCCGCUGAAGAGAAAGACCCUAUUGCGGCCGGUGCCGGAGAUUUGUGGGUUAGUGGGGUCCCCUAUUCUCAUUUGGGCCCAAAACGGUGAAUAGGAGUAGGAGAAGGCGACGAGAAUUGUGCAGUUUACACGACGAUAUCUUGUUAUUUCUAUUACGAUAUAAAUACCACGCGAAGAGUGGAAGUAUUAUUGUAUAGUGUCAGGUGGGAGACAAACAACAAAACUUUUCCGUAACCAAGCUUUGGUGCGGGGUACAUUAAACGAAAGGUGUGUAAAGAAAGGUACCAGGAGAUUUCAAGAUGAUCGUAUUCUGAAAAUACCUCAAGUUAAACUGGGAGGAUCCUAUUGGAUAUGAUGAAGGCUUCUAUGGUGGCUGCUGAGUGGGAAACCUUCUCAUGGUCGUACAACUUGCUUCUGCGCUGUAGCCGGCAUGCAUCAAUUGAAAGGUUGACGGUCUCUAAUCACUUUGUACCUUGGCUUUACCUAAGAAUUGGUUACGAAAGCGGUAUUUCACAUUGGAGUACUACUGCUUCUAUUGUACGAGGCCACUUCUCCGGAAGUUAGUUUUGAUCACUUAGAAUUGAAGUAUCCAUGACUUGAGAGGUGACAUCUCAUUCAUGACCAACAAAAAGCUAGGUAUCAUUAAAUUCUGACAGCCUUUUGAGCGAUAUAGCAGUUUAAUUGGCGAGGAAAGAUUCCCAUCAUUUGAUCUAGGUAGUGCGGUGUAAUGGAGUAACAGUGAAACCAAAAAGCAUGGCAAGCUCUUGGCUAUGGCUUUGGCGCAAAAGAGGAUGGUUUGGCAACGGUUUUCGCAACACAUACAAAUGAAGGUUUGUUUUGGUAGGAAAUACCACAGCAUCGGCAACAUGAAUGGAUGUGGGUUAAAAUCUGGGUUGAGGAUUCUAAUUACUUCAAUAUUCGAUAAUAAAAAUGAUAACCAAGAUGAUCAAAUAUAAACCUGCAGAGAUGAAGAAAAGGUAG